AUGCGUAAGUCUGAAUUAAUAGUGAGUAUGGCUCGACACUACGCAAUACUUAACAAAUUUCUGAUUCCUGGAGUAUUUGCCGUUUUGCUGUCGAAAGGUGAGAGGUUUUACGCUAUAGAUUUUAGCCAUACUCACUCGUACGCAUGUAAUGACAACUUCAUAACUAUACAUCAUUCGGAAGGAACCAACUCGCAAAAUCUUUUGAGGGAUCUUAAUCUCUUAUCUGAUUGUAAAUUUCAACUUGUUUCUAACAGUGGGCGGUCAAGCAUCAAGAAUGAAUAUGUUACCUCCAUUUUUAGAUCUAAAGAUUUCUUAUUUACGAUUCUUCCGUUCAAGUAAUUAUUUAUGGACAGUUAUAUGGCACUUAAUUUGUAAUUAUCUGAAUUAAUUAAUUCAUUUAAUAGUUAAUAAUAAUAAUAAUAAUAAUAAUAAUAACGAGACAACGUUAGUUAUACAGUGGAACCUUGACUUUCAUCCACCUCAUUGUUAAAAUCACCCUAUUGAAACAGAAUUUUCAAAAAUAGAUUUUGAUGUCAGACUUUUUAAUUUUGAAAAUACAACAUUUUUCAAAACUUCAGUCUCAUCAAUCAUAAAAUGUCUUUUAUAUGAUCAAGAUCUCUCAGUUAUUAUUUUCAUUAUAUAACUUGACAGUUGCUGAGGUAGAACAAAAAUUUAACUCAGGGUAUGGUUGCUUUGUUUAAAGCCAGAUCCACAAAGAAUAAUUCCACAUCUAUGCAAUAAUGAUUGAAAUCAGGAAUCCAUUUUGCACUAAUUUCUCUCUUUUGGUAUAAUUUGAAAAGAACUGCUGUUAACCUUUAAGUGACCAAAUUUUUGAAGCCAAGCUUAAGUUGUGUUAUUAGAGCUUUACUGUAUUAGUUAACCACAAAUCAACAAUUCAUUUGACUAAGAAGGGAUAAUUUUCGAAAUUUAAAGUAAAUGCUGUUCAGAGGAUUCAUUAGAUGUGUCUAAGAGAGAAUUAAACAUUUAUUGAAGCAAAUUAAUAAUUACACAAUGUGUACAACCCCUUAGUUUUGCUUUGUGAUGGUCGUCUUCCACAACAGAGACAGAGUGUCAAAACUUCCUUGACGGUAAGAUUACCACAUUUUAUGUGCGAAAAGAAAUGAGAGGAUGAAGGAGUUAAUGAUUUAAGGUGAUCUGCAUUGUUAGAUGUUCUCUAGUUAUGAACUGGAAAUUCAUAAUUGGAUGAUAUUGGCAGCAAUGAGAGGGCUAAAUAAGAAGGAGCUAUUUCCAUGAAAACGUAAUGACACAGUUUACUAAUUAUGUUUAGUCACCUUGCUUGACAGAUACUCCAUGAUACUUGAUAAAGAGAGAGGCAAUGAGACUCCCUUAGGUUUGUAACAAAAGAAAAAGUUUAGUGCCAAGAUGUUCUCGUAGAUAUCUAUAAUACGCAUUUGUUGAUGAAAACAAAUCCAAUAAGGCAAAUAAAUCAUCAAGGAAUUUAAGUAACACAUUUGAUAGUGUAGCCACAUGUUAAACAAACUGUUUGUAUGAUUUGUUCUUACCUCUCAGUUUUCUGCAGAUGGGUGUGGUAAAACAAAAGGCUGUUUCUUUAAACCAGAAUCAUGUAAAUCUGCAGUAAACAAAUGUGAAUACUUCAUGACUUACAAACCCCAGGGAUCCACCAUUACUUUUGAAUUAAGCAGCAAUACUAAGUGGGCAGCAGUUGGAUUUAACCACAAGGCUGUUAUGGUAAUCAUUACUGUUUUUUAGGAUAUACCUCGAAGUCUUCUUAAAUCUGCAUUUAGUUAAACAGAUGUAUUAAAACUAUCUUAAGCCAGUAAUUUCUGUUGUGUUGUUUCUUCUCUGUUGAAUUUUACAAUACUAGUUUUGUGUGGCUUUUAAUUGUUAAAACAAAAGAGAAAGCACACACAAAUUAAAAAAGAAACAAACAAACAAAAGCGAAAAAAAUAAUGCCACGUACAAAACAGCAAAGCAUGAUAUAGGGCAGUAAUUUUGCAUUAAAUUCAUUAAAUUCAUAAGCUUUAGGAAUUUCAAGGCAAAACAGUGAACAGCAUUUUGAACAGCAUAAUUGUUUGCUUGGUUUAUUUUAAUUUUAGGAUGGAACAGAUGCUAUUAUAUGCUCCCUUCAAAAUGGUACCACUCAAGUUGGUCAUUAUUCAGUUAAGGGAUAUCAAACACCAAGUAGAACAACACAGGUGAGAGUGGUGGCUACAGAGAGUAUGUUAAGCCUUGAACCAAUACUUUUCACAAUUAUCUAGUUUACCUAAAACAAUACAAGUUUUUUAAUUAAUGUAAUCAACUGUCCUUUGGUCAUAUGAAGCUCUAUAUUGACUGUCUAUCAAUAUAUAUUUUUUUAAUUUUUGGUUGAUUCCUCUUCAUCUCUGUGAUAAAUGCGGUUGAAUGAUAAUAGGGUUUAUUUGCAGCAGACUUUCACUUAACUUUUUACUUCUUCAGAAGAUAAAAGGACUAAAAAUUGAACAACAAUCUUACGAGGAUGGAACUAUCAAAUGCAGGUAGAAACAAUAAAUGUCUGACUCAGAAGCAUUGGUUAAAUUGCAAAAUCUUAUAGCCAUUUGAUUGGACUCAAGUGUGAUAAUGAUAAUAGAAAUUAAAACUAUGAUUAUAAUUAUGUUGAAGUCAAUAUUCAAGACUGAUUUUUGUUAUGUUGAAUCAUAUUGAUUUCUUGAUUAAUGAUGCUUAAGAGUUAAAAAUAUCUGUGAUUUCUUGAUCAGAAACUUAAAUUUAAAAAUUAAAAGAAAGCAAAAAAUCAAGUUGUUAUUUUUUGAUACGGAUUUUUUAUUCACUGACUAGUUAUUGUGAGGAGUGUUUUUAGGGUUAAGCAUUAAUGACUGCAUUUAAUUAUUACUAUGCACCCCACUGCUCCAUGUAAUUUUUGUGGUCUGUUAUUACAUUGCUGGAGAAAAUAAAUAUUAAUUUACAGGAGAUGAAUGAAGGAAAAACAAAUUUAUUUGGUUAUCAAGGUGUUUGUAUACACUUUAGGUUUAGUAGAGAGAAGCAGGAUGGAGUCAUGACUUCUGACCUGAACAAUAAUUUAUUUGUUAUAUUUGCACAAGGGCCUACAGGUAAGGCAGGCAAUACUUUGUGCUAUUUUGUUUUGAAUCCAAUUGUGUUUAGAUGUUUUAAAAGUCCAAUCGAUAUAUAAUUUUAUAUAUAUAUACCUGUUUUGAAAAACACAGCAACAUUGGAAAUAAAAGGUGUAUAUAUAUUCUCAAAUUUGCAACCUUUUGUGAUACAGGUGUUUAAAUAUACAUAUAUAUAUAUAUAUAUAUAUAUCUGGCUUGUCAGGAUAAAGUGUAGUCUCUUUGUUUUUUCCCUAACUCAAUUCAUAUCACUCUUCUUCAAUGUAUCAAGCACUGUAAUACAGGAAAACUGAAACAUAGACUUCCUAUAUAUAUUAUGUAUAGUUAUUAUUUAUAUAUAUAUAUAUAUAUAUAUAUAUAUAUGAGAAAAAAAAAUUAUAGACCUUGAAAGGCCCAAAUAUGAUAUACUUUGAUGCUAAGGUUCACUAACUUGAGGUGUUACUCUGUUGAUAGUGUUCAUCCUAUACAUCCAUUCAUGGUUGAGAUGUUUGCUUAAUUGCAUUUCUUUAUUUCAAGAUAUAUAUAUAAAUCUUGGUUAUAGUCUAUCCUGAUGAUCACAUAAGCAUGAAACUCAGAGUCAGAAAAAGUUAUGUCUUAUUGAUUAGUUCAGCUGUCAGAUAUCUAUAUAAUUAUCUAUUUAACAAAUAGAUUCCAAGUUGCUGUGUGUCUGUUCAGCAAUAGAUCAUAGAUGAUGUCAAAAUGUGGUAAGAACAAAAAAGUGGCACACGAGGUGCAGCCAAGUGUGUCACUGAUGUUCUUACCAUAUUUUGAUGUCCUCUGUGAUCUAUUACUGAACAGACGUACGGCAACUUGGAAUCUAUUAGUUUUAUAUAAUAAAGAAUUAAAAUAUACGGAAAAAAGGUUUAAUGAUGAUGUCAUCUAUACAUCUGUCCUCCAAUAGAUCAUAAGUGAGAACCAAUCAGAAUGCGUGCAUAACUGAGCUUAUAUUAUAUAAAUAAAUAUAUAUAUAUAUAUAUAAGGAUAAUGGAGUGGCUAUGCUAAUUCUGCCGGGUGAAAGGACUGGAACUAAAUAAGAUUAAUUCAAGUAGUAAUAAGUUAAGUAAAUGAAAAAAAACAUCUAAUAGCAGUCCUUCCAAUAACUUUUAGGGUAAAAGUUUCUUGUCAAGGCUGAAACAAUGACAUACAUGUAUUUGUCACGCCUCUCUUUGCUACACUGUUGUUCAGUGUUAUUCUGAUGGACACUUUUGUGAUGCAAUCUGAUGCAGUUCUUUUUAUCAUGUAAAGUUAAUUUUAAAAUCCUGCAUGUAAUUGACUUACAGUUUCAGUGCUGUGCACAGAGUUCUAAUUAACCCUUUAACCCCUAAAAGGGGCUAACAUAUAAUUUCUUUUCACAUCAUCCCUGAAUCAAACAUUAAGGUCAUGAGAAUAAAGGAAAUGAUCACCAACUAAGGAAGCUCUUGAUUGCCAAACAAAUUCUUCUGAUCAGCUUCUUAGAAGAGGUUUAGAGGAUAGUAACUCUAGAGAAUAUGUAUACUGACGUUAGGGUGUAAUAAUUCUGCACAAUAUAAGGAGGAUUACUCUUGGUUUCGUGUUUAAACCUGUACAGGGACUGGUGGAUCUCUCAGGGAACACAGCUGGCAAGGUCACUCCAUGAGCCCAGUGAAUCUCAAGGAAAUUCAAAACCUUGAAGCAUCAGUCUAUGAUUUCUCCCUACUUCAAAUCCAUGGUAAUUUUAUAAAUUGUUAUUACAUCUGAAAUUGUUUUCAGUAUUUGUAGCACAAAUUCCUUUUUUUGUUACACUUUAUAUAAUUUGUAAAUUCCCACUGCUUAAUUCUCAUGUACAGAGAAUAUUGAGAUAACUGGCAUUUUACUUGAAUUUACCUGCCAACUGACUAGACUGCAGGGAAGACUGCUUACAGGUUCUGAAUUUUGAUUAUAGCAGUGUUGAUGGUGAUUGCCUGGGUGGGGUUUGCCACCAUAGGGAUGUUUAUAGCAAGAUACAUGAAGCCAGUCUGGGGUGAAAAGGAUCUGUGUGGCAACAGGCUCUGGUUUCAGGUUUGUCCUAGUAGUGUAGAUGGAAAUUCAACCAAAUUCUUUAUUAUUAACCUGUUAGAGGUUACAUGGAUUAGUGCAGGUUUUGCCCUAUCACUUAUUUCAAGUACUGACAUUUGAUGUAGAAACAGUUAAUGUUCAGUCAAGGUCUAGUUGCAUUAAUUUCAUUUUCCCACUGACAAAAUGUGGUCAAAGGCCUACUGUUUGUAUUUCAGUAAAAAGCUUCACUGGGGAAAAAUUUUAUUAUCUGGGUGGAGGAUUCCAAAGAAUAGAAAAAGUAGACAAAUUGAUUAGGUUCAUCCUACUUGACUGAGAAUAUAAGAAACAGUACUUGAUGGGGAAAAUUUCUACAGUUGAUGAUGUUUUUAUACACUCAGGUGCACCGUGUUAUCAUGGUUAUCACAGGCUUAUUAACUGUAAUAGGAGUAACUCUAGCCUUCAUUUAUGUUGGUGGAUGGUCUAAGGUAUGUUUUGUGUCAAAUGAAAAAUUAAGUUUUCUUUUAAGACACAGCAACACAACCUAAGUAAAAGAGCAAAAAAUGAAAAAUGGUAGAAUAAACACAAAAAUUUAAGUGGAUUGCUAGUUUUACUUUCUGUAAGACACUGAUCAAAUCACUCAUUGCGUUCGACGUUAGGAGAAAUGCAUGUUGUGAAAGCUUUACAGUUUCUCUUUCAUUUUAUACUAAAUUUUAGAAGUAGUUCACAUUUUCAAAAUUGUUUAAUAACAUAGAUUUAAAUAAAAUUAAUCCAUUUCCCCUAUUAGUAAUAACUACCACACCAAAAGUAAAAAUUGUUUGCGACGACUGCCUCUUCAAAAACAGAUAUAACUAGCCUUUAAUUACACAGAGUAAAUACAUCCAUAACCCUUUAUUUGAGUUCAUAGGCAUAUUCAUCUAUCCUAAUAACCAAAAACAAUAUUCCCCUUUGAAAUGCCGACGCACUUCCCUAAUCUCCGAUUACUACCAUGAAUAAUCCUCCCCAUUUAUUUUAUGGGAACACUAAUUCAUGCCAUCAAUUAUUUUAUGGGAACACUAAUUCAUGUCAAGCCUUUCUCAUGGUAAUGUAUAUUUUGUCAAUGAUGCCCAUAGGAUGCUGGUGCUCAUCCUGUCAUUGGCAUUAUUGUACUGUCAAUAACUAUCAUACAGCCAAUUGCAGCAACUCUCAGACCUCCAUAUGGAGAAAGGUAAUUUCUGAUAUCACUCUGAAGUGUGAAAAUUAGUACAGCUUUCUUUACAUGUGUUUUGGGUUUACUGUUGUUUUUUAAUUGAGGUACUAGGUAGCAGCACAUAGUAAUGAAAUGAUUACUUCCCUCAGAAUAUGCAGGUACUGCAAGGCCAUUUUAAUUUGGCACUCCCCAUUUUAUAUGGACACCAUUCACUGAAUGGACAGUAGCUGCAAUAAGCCCUGUUAGAAUCCUCUGAAGUCCUUAACCAGUUUCUCACAAUUGUUUUCAUUUGUUCUUUUGUUUGUUUGUUUGUUUGUUUUUAAGACGAUGGAUGUUCAACUGGGCACAUAGAAGUUUUGGAUUGAUUGCCUUAGCAUUAUCAGGUAUCAAUCUAACACAUACAGUGUAUGUGGUGUAACUUGUGCUGUAUGCCAGAAGGACUAAAUAGUUGCAAUAUUUUUUAUUACACUGAAUAUGGACUAACAGUUAAGAUAGUUUGUAGAUCAGGCCUCACAUGAAAGGAUUACCUAAUUUGAUUUUUUUUUCUAAAGUGAUAAAUAUAUUCCUGGGUUCUGUACUACCAGCCUUCCAUCUGGAAAGUUCUGCAGUGUAUGUGAUGAUCGUCUAUCUACUAGUGCUUGCAGCAGUGGUGAUGUUUGAAAUCUACUUGGCUUGCAAACAAGGAAAAAGUGUUAGAGAGUAUUGUGUGCUUUCUAAACCUCAAGAAGAUGAAGUUGACCUUACUCCAGUUUCAGCCAGUGGAACUGAAAUUGAUGUUGAGAAGGUGCAUUAGUCAAUUAGGUGUAUUUGAAACUAACAGCCUGAUAGCAUGAACACACACACACACACACACACAAAAAAACAAACUCUGAGGCAAGAAUAAACAGGAUGAGUAAAUCCAGUGUACAACAGAUGUUUCUCUUAAAAGCAUACCUCUGUUUUUUUUUUUUUUAGGUAUUCAAGCUACACACCAUUAUGUUUGGAGUUCUGAUUUUGGCUCUAAGUAUUAUUUGUGUGGCCAUGCUGUUACUGAUCACUAUGCAUGUGGAAGCUGAUGAUAACUGA